AUUCUGUAUGUUUUGUGUUUUGAUCGCUAUGUGGCCAUCUGUAAACCCCUGCACUACACUGUCAUCAUGAGCAACACUGCCUGCAGAAGGCUCCUUCUCGGCUGUUGGAUGACUGGGUUAUUCGUCAUUCUCCCACCCUUUAGCCUGAGCCAAAAUCUGCAAUUCUGUGAUUCUAAUGUCAUUGAUAGCUUUCUCUGUGACGUGUCUCCCUUCCUGAAGAUCUCUUGCUCAGACACAUCGGUCAUUGAGCAGAUGGUUAUAGGCUGUGCCGUGUUGACCUUCAUCACAACCCUUUUUUGUGUGGUUCUUUCCUAUGUAUACAUAAUCAGGACCAUUAUCAGAUUCCCUUCUGCCCAGCAGAGGAAAAAGGCCUUUUCUACCUGCUCUUCCCACAUGAUUGUGGUGUCCAUCACUUAUGGCAGCUGCAUCUUCAUCUACGUCAAACCUUCAGCAAAGGACUCAGUGGCUAUCAACAAGGGUGUGAUAGUGCUGACCACGUCCAUUGCUCCCAUGCUGAACCCCUUCAUUUACACCUUGAGGAACAAGCAAGUCAAACAGGCCUUCCAUGACUCAAUCAAAAAACUUGCCUUAGAAUGCCGAAAUUGA